AUGGCCGACGAGAUCGAUUUCGAUUUCGGCGAUCAGGUUGACAAGGCCACAUUCGCACAGAUCCUCGAUAUGGAUGAAGAAGAAGAUAGGGACUUCUCGAAGUCUAUAGUGUUUGGGUUUCUGGAGCAGGCUGAUCAAACGUUCGACAAAAUGGAUGCAGAGAUAAAAGCGAAGAACCUUGACGAGCUCUCAAAGCUGGGUCACUUCCUCAAAGGAUCCUCCGCCACAUUGGGCUUUGUCAAGGUCCGCGAUGAGUGCGAAAAGAUCCAACAUUAUGGCCACAAGAAGAACGAAACCGGCGAAGUCGACGAGCCAGACGAGGACAAAUGCCUGCGGCUUAUCAACGAUAGUCUUUCAAAAUGCAAGACUGCUUACAACGCCGUCAACGAGUUGAUGAAGCAAUACUAUGCCGAGUCAUAA